CCGAGCAGAAAACAAGUUACAUCGCAGGUUCAAACAUGGCGUCCGCAGCACUCUUUUGAAGUCGAAGUUUAUCCAGCGCUGCUUAAAAGCAUGUAACGGUACGCCGGACGUUUACUGAAACAGUCGGGAAUAUUUUUAGCGAAAUCAAAAGUCGACUUCACCGAGGAGGCCAUGGUAUUUCGCGGAGGCGUUUCACUUUAGAAGUUGAGUUUUGAACGCUAGCUAGCCGACUCGUUAGCUACAGCUAAGCUACCUACUAAGGUAGCUUGGUGACCAGCCAGUACGAAGAGUUUGGCGAACAGAGCAGCUGUUCAGGGAGUGACUUGUGUAUCUGAAAGUUACGUUACAGAAGAAGAAAACUCUUCAGCGACCUGGUCGGCGGAGCUGUGUGGACUGAGUGAAGAUGGCCCAGUCGCCGGUAGCUGUUCAAGUUCCUGGAAUGCAGAACCCUCGAGCUGAUCCUGAGGAGUUGUUCACAAAACUAGAGCGCAUCGGGAAAGGCUCGUUUGGGGAGGUCUUCAAGGGCAUCGACCGCCGCACACAAAAUGUGGUGGCCAUUAAAACGAUUGACCUGGAGGAGGCAGAGGAUGAGAUUGAGGACAUCCAGCAGGAGAUCACGGUCCUCAGCCAGUGUGACAGCCCUCAUGUCACAAAGUACUAUGGCUCCUAUCUGAAGGGCAGUAAGCUUUGGAUCAUAAUGGAAUAUCUUGGAGGAGGUUCUGCUCUAGACCUACUGCGGGCCGGGCCCUUUGACGAGUACCAGAUUGCCACUAUGCUGAAGGAGAUUUUAAAAGGCCUUGACUACCUGCACUCAGAGAAAAAGAUCCAUAGGGACAUCAAAGCUGCCAAUGUACUGCUGUCUGAGUCGGGUGAGGUGAAGCUGGCUGACUUUGGUGUGGCAGGACAGCUCACAGAUACACAGAUCAAAAGGGAGACAUUUGUGGGGACACCUUUCUGGAUGGCGCCAGAGGUCAUUCAGCAGUCUGCAUAUGAUUCUAAGGCUGAUAUCUGGUCUCUGGGAAUCACUGCCAUUGAGCUGGCCAAGGGAGAACCCCCAAACUCGGACAUGCAUCCUAUGCGGGUUCUCUUUCAUAUCCCAAAGAACACACCCCCGACCCUCAAUGGCGACUUCUCCAAAGCCUUCAAGGAGUUUGUAGACUCUUGUCUGAACAAAGACCCCACAUUUAGGCCAACUGCAAAGGAGCUUUUGAAGCAUAAGUUCAUUGUAAAGAAUGCCAAGAAGACAUCCUACCUCACUGAGCUAAUAGACAGGUUGAAGCGCUGGAAAGCUGAGGGCCACAGUGACGGAGAAUCCAGUUCAGACUCUGACUCGGAGGCCAGCAGUAAGGACAGUGACUCAUCUCCUGAAUGGUCCUUCACCACUGUCCGCAAGAAGAAGCCUGACAACCAGUCCAAUGGAAUGGACCAAGAGGUACAGAAAAGAUCAGCCAGCCUAUCCACAGUCAUCGGUCCGGUAUUUACUGAGCUGAAGCUGCAGCACAGGGAUGGGGAUGUGAAGAGGAGUGUGAUCGAAGAGCUGGAAAAGAGUCUGCAUGCUGCUGAGGACCUCUGUCCUGGAGUCACAGACAAGCUGAUCAAUCACAUCCUAGAGCGAGUGCAGAGGUUCUCUGUGAGUUAGCCACACAGAUGUCUAAGAAGCUGGAUGACUGAGCAGUUCAGCAGGCUUCCACAAUCUCCACUCUUCCUGUUCACUGAACAUUGACACAGAUGCACACACACACACACAACUCAAGGCUCUCUCUUCACAUACAGGGACUGGAGGGACUCGGGUUACAUACACUAUCAAAACCAAAAGGAAUUUCCUUUUCUCAAAGAUAUAAAUAUAUAUUUGUGUAAUUGUAUUUAUAUAAUUUUGCCAUGUGCUUUUAUUUUAGCCUUCAGCUGGUGCCCAAUGAUGUGUGUACUCUUAUUUUAGACUGUAUUUUGAUUGAGAAUUAGAGGCACAAACAUCCUUAUUGGUUUUCUGCUGAGCAUUAGACAUAAGUAAGUUCACAUAUAUAUAUAUAUAUAUAUUUUUGACCCAAUGCAGUACCUUUUAUUUUAAGCUCUUCUCUGAUAUUUAUGUGUGGGAGGUUGAUUAUACCAACUUGGUCUUUUUGGUUUCUUUGUUUAGUAGGGGAGGAUUUCUGUUAUACACUCUGCACACUGUUACUUGUAGCAUUACAAAACUGCUGUAUGGGAUAACUUUCAUAUCAUGUCAAAGAAACAUAGAAAUACCUCAGUUAGAUAAAGCAAUCAAAUGAACGAAGGCAAAAAAAGCAACCCACAACUAGUCUAUUUUAAUUCUUUUUUUUUUUCUUUUUUUUUAAUAAAGAUUGUGCCUUUGGUACAAGUUGUGAAGACAUGGAAGAGAAACUUUGCUGUGCAAAAGAUGCUCUCGUUUCUGACACACACGAUCAAAGCUUAAGUUGACUUAAUUUUGUACUCUGUAAUUGGCAAUAUAUAUUUUUAUUUCCUCACUUUUUCCAUUCCCAAGUUGUGGGAUUGUUACCAACGUAGGAGUAAGUGACCCUUAUUGAUAAAUGUUUUGCCCUGUAUUUGUUUGUGCUGUCCAUGUUUGUAAUGACAUGCAGUUUCUGAGCUAAUAUUUUUUUUAAAUAUAAGAGCUAUGGGAGAUAUACUGUACUUUUGAAGGAAAUGCACUGCACUCACUUUGUACUGGGUGGGGCAAUUUUAUACUUUAAAAAUGCAAAACUCUCUGCACACAUUCCACUUCCUUUGAGUAGAUCUCGAAGAGGGAGUGCACUUCUCUAGCCAGUGUAGUAACAUCCAAAUGGAAAACCCACAGUAACAGUUCAUUUACCAAAAAACUGGAGCUAGAGAGAUUGGAGCUCCAUUUAAGCAGCGGCAUAGGAACUUCAGGUGGACUUCAUGCUUUUAAAAAUGGAAAUAUUUUAUUUGGGAUCAUUUUUGUUUUCAUAUUGUGUAAUAUAGAAGGUUUCCUAUAAAGAGCAAUAUUUUUCCGCCAAUCUUUUAAUUAAUCAAAAGGGUGCCAUCACUGGUAUGGUGGUGAGGUCAUCAGUGCUCCUGUUGGCUGGGAGAAUUUUAUGCCAACAUCCCAAUUGUGCCUAAAGUUCAUUUCUGUAUGUAUGUGUGGUUGUUAUAUCUUUGAAAAGCUUUAAAGGAUGUCACACAUUGCCAGGCUGAGGUUUGAAAGCAAUAAAGUGGUUUGGUAGAAUUUUUUUAUAUUUCUUUAUGGAUAUGUAGAUAUAAACCUAGGUUUUGUACAUUUUCUCUCUAAGCUUUUGUAAAUGUUAUUGAAAUUGCAACACAGAUAUCUAUCAAAGCUGUAUCAUAUAUAUCUAGAAGCCUUUUUUCUUUUGCUUCAACUGUUACAAAUUGCUUUUUGGUUUGGUUUGUCAAAUAAAGCUGUAAAUUAUGACACUG